GUUCUCUUCGUCUGGUGCUGGCUUUUCUUGUGGGCUCUCUCCUCUCCCCACCGUUCCCCCAAAACCUCUCUCCCCAAUAUCUUCUCAAUCACAAGCAAUUGGAGUCAGCACACAGAAAAGAUAGAGUAGACCCACCUGAGGAAGAAGAAGAAGCAGAGGAGGGGCAAAACUCAGGAAUCGGAAGGAACAGUCUGGUCUUGGCUGUACCAUGGCUUCUGCAUUUGAUCCUGAUGUUGUUUCUGGAAGGUGAUGACGCCAGGAGACCUGGGAAAACUGCAGGUUAUAUCUCUAUCAGUGAAAGGUCCAUCACUGCUGCUGCAAAACUUACUACCAUAUUCUGAAGGAGAUUUCAUACUAGAUGUCAACCAUUUUUGCAAUAGCUUUAGGAUGUGCUGCAGGAGGUUUGGCAUUACUAGGGUCUGUGAUAGUUCUUGUAGUACUAUGCCUACGGCACCGCAAAAGAACUUCAGAUUCCUCAGAGAGUAAUUCGUCGGGUCAAGCUUUUUCAGAGAUGCGAGGAGCAAGACGGCUGACACUGGAGGAACUAAGAUCAGCAACAAAUAACUUCAGCAGUUCGAAUCUCAUUGGACAUGGAAUGUUCGGAGAUGUAUUCAAUGGUUUACUCCAGAAUGGCACAGUUAUAGCUGUUAAAACGCGGCAUUCUCCUCCUAGCCAGGAAUUUAUUCAAGAGGUUAACUACCUAUCAUCUAUUGGUCAUCGUAACCUCGUAAAUUUUUUGGGAUAUUGCCAGGAGAAUGGCAUGCAGAUGCUUGUUUAUGAGUAUGUCCCCAAUGGCAGUGUUUCUACACAUUUGCAUGGCAACAGCCAUGGUCCAGGUGUAAGGCUAGAAUUCAAGCAGAGACUUUCUAUUGCCCAUGGCACUGCAAAAGGCCUAAGUCACCUGCAUUCACUGACCCCUCCUGCUGUUCAUAUGAACUUCAAAACGGCUAAUGUCCUGGUGGAUGAGGAUUUCAUACCAAAAGUUGCUGAUGCUGGCAUUCGAGGACUACUUGAUCGAAUAGGUGUCGCAUGCCCAUCUUCAAGGAUAUCCAACGAUCCAUUCCUUGGUCCUCGUGGGAAGGAGUCCAUGGUUUUCUCCAUACAGAGCGAUAUAUACAGUUUUGGUGUGUUCCUUGUGGAGUUGAUCAGUGGAAGGAAAGCUGUAGUUGACCAAAGCAUUAUUGAAUGGGUACAGAACUUUCAAGAAUCAAGUGAUAUCUCUGCAAUUGCAGAUAGCAGGAUGACCAGCGGCUUUACCUCAGAAGGCAUGAAGGAAUUGCUGCGCUUGGCUUCAUGGUGCCUGAACCCGAUGAGCGAGACUCGUCCGUCGAUGAGCUUGGUGGAGGCGGAGAUACACCGCAUACGCGAGCAAGAGAUCCGAUUGACAACUGUCAUGUCGGUGGAACGCACCCCAACUGUGACUCUAGGCAGUCAGCUCUUCAGAGCAUCAAGAUGAAGAAGAGUGGAAUGUAUAGCAUUCAAAGACUAAAGGCUAAGCUAGUUUUCUCUUAUGAGGGUUAUAGAUUAGCUUAGAUUACAUAGUGAGCCAGCUCACCAGCUAUAACUCAACUGUACAAAACAGGAGCAGCUGAGAGCUUCCGUUUUCACCCUGGAUUAUUUUCUUCCUUAUUUACCAUAGAUUUUAAACUUGUGUAAAGAAGAAUGCCAAUUCAUUCUUUUUAGUUAGAUAUUAUAAUAUUGGAAGGGUAAGCGCCGAACUGGCAGUUAUAUAUUUCUACUGCAUUAGUCCAGCAUAAUAGUAUUUUCUGAAAAUAAUUGUAGAAGACAAAAUAACCAUGCAGUUGCAGGCAGGGAGAUCAAGGGAUAAUGUGCUCUUCUCACUGGUCCAUGCUCCGUCCAGAGAACAUGCAAAUAUGUAAUGGAAGAAGCCUUACAUACAUAUAUGAGGCCUUACAUACAUAUAUGAGGAUGAAGCGUAGUUUUUACAGGCUGAGAACCUCAAACAUGACGAAACCAUAGAAAAUGAGCCUUUCCUAUUCCAGCUU